UUGGUGGUCAGUUUCUGCGGUUUUGCUGAGCUGCGCUCUUCUACAGAUCGCUUGCAGUUUGCCUAUUCACGAAGCACUAGAAAUAAAUGAAGACAGUGGAAUGGAUCAAGAUAUCUUUGAUAUCAAUGAAGCUCUAGGACUGGACCUGUUUGAGGGUGAUAUCAAACUUGAUGAGAAACGAAACUCCAUUAUUGGCAAUCAGUAUCGGUGGCCCCACACCAUUCCAUAUGUUCUUGAGGACAGCCUGGAAAUGAAUGCCAAAGGACUUAUUCUCAAAGCAUUUGAACAGUACCGCCUAAAAACCUGUAUUGAUUUCAAACCCUGGGAAGGUGAAGCAAAUUAUCUCUCAGUUUUCAAAGGAAGUGGCUGCUGGUCUUAUAUAGGAAACCGGCAAACUGGGAGGCAAGAACUCUCCAUAGGAACCAACUGUGACAGGAUUGGGACUGUUGAGCAUGAGUUCCUUCAUGCACUGGGAUUCUGGCAUGAGCAAUCACGCUCGGACCGGGAUGAUUAUGUCACAAUAAUGCGAGACAGAAUUCAGGCUGGUAAAGAAGGAAACUUCAAUAAAUAUGGUGAUAAAACAUCAGACUUCCUUAACGUCCCUUAUGACUACACGUCUGUGAUGCACUAUAGUAAAACUGCCUUUAUGAAUGGCACAGAACCUACAAUAGUAACUAACAUACCCGCCUUCAUUGAUGUGAUUGGACAACGGAUGGAUUUCAGUGAAUAUGAUAUCCAGAAACUGAGUCGACUGUAUAACUGUACCACCUCCUUAAGUUUUAUGGAAACGUGCAGUUUUGAGUUUGAAAAUGUGUGUGGCAUGAUUCAAAGUUCAGAAGAUAAUGCUGACUGGCAGCGCAUAACUGGAGUUUCUAGUGGACCGCAAACCGAUCAUACCUAUGUUGGAAACUGUAAGGAAGUUGGUUAUUUUAUGCAUUUUAACACAAGUGCUGGAACCACAAGGGACCGGGCCAUAUUAGAGAGCAGAUUUCUGUAUCCCAAGAGAGGAUUCCAGUGCCUGCAAUUCUAUUAUUUCAACAGUGGGAAUGAAAGUGAUCAGCUGAACAUCUUAAUUAAGGAAUACACUGAAGCAAACCCCAAUGGUACUUCAAGACUUGUGAAAACGGUUCAAGGUUCACCAAAGGACUAUUGGCAAUUAUACCAUGUUUCUUUGAAUGUUACAAGCAAAUUCCGAGUUGUAUUUGAAGGCAUAAAAGGAUCUAAUGUAUCAAAUGGGGGUCUCUCCAUUGAUGAUAUCAAUCUGUCAGAAACCCAGUGCCCUCACCAUGUUUGGCACAUAACAAAUUUUACUCAUCUCCUUAAUUCAAGCCCUGCAGGGGAGACAGGAGCACUAUACAGUCCCCCAUUUUACUCUAAGCAAGGGUAUGCAUUUCAAAUUGCAUUGUACCUGAAUAGUACCAACCCAUUUAAUUUAGAAAUAUAUUUACAUUCAGUCUCUGGGGCAAAUGAUAAUAACCUUACAUGGCCUUGUGCAUGGCAGCAAGCUACAAUGGUUCUCCUUGAUCAACAUCCAGACAUCCGUCAACGUAUGUCAAAUCAAAGGAGUGUAACGACAGAUCCAAAGAAAUUACUAGAUUCUUCAACUCUUUUUUUUUGGGAUAGUCCAGAAAAAGUAGGAAAACCAGCUAAUUUUAGUAAUGGCACUCAGUUCUGGAGAGGUCCUAAAUCUGGAACACCUGCCUUUUUAACACAUGAAAGACUUAAAAGUCGUGAUUUUAUUAAAGAGGACAGUGUUUUCAUUCUAACAACAGUGGAAGACAUAUCACAUUUACUGUUUACUGAACCAAAUUUUACAACCACCACUACAUCUACUGCAGCAGCUAGCAGUGCUUCAACCACAAAACAAUCAACUAUUAUGUCCAGCACUGCUAAUGUUUGUGAAACUUACAGUUGUCAUAAUGAUGGCAUCUGUGCUGCUGUAGAUGGAAAGCCAGUUUGCAGGUGCCCUGUAGGGGCUGAUUGGUGGUACAUGGGAGAAAAAUGUGAAACAAGAGGAUCAGCUAAAGACACUUUUGUUAUAGCAGUUUCCUCAACUCUUUCUGUAUUUGGCAUUAUGCUGAUCAUUACUAUUGUUUCCAUCAUCUGUAUUCGAAAAAAAUACCGCAAACAACUGAAGGCUAGUACCGAUCAGGAAUUACAAAAUAAAACACCAUUCUGAAGAUGUCGUAACUUUGGAAUCCAAAACAGAUGACAUCAAUUUGCUACUUGGAUACCUUAUUUACAAAAUUGUGACCAUCUUCCUUUUUCUUUAGAGCUGGAUAGUAUUUUCCUGUAUGAAAAAUCAGUACAUGCAUCCUUCUCCUUACCACUCAACACAUGAAUUAAUGGUCUAAAACUAAUAUGGUAAUUGUUGACAGAGAGGGCUCUGUGAGAGUGUGAUUUCUCUAACACAACAUGAAAGGCAUAAGCCAUGUGAAUGUUUUUAUUAUCAUGAUGAUAUCCGUAUCUAGGAAUGCAGUUCCCUCACUGUAAUACAUACAUUGGCUGAGUGCCAGAGUAUGCUACAUACAUCUGAAUUUUGUCCACACUUUCACUGCAGGAGGCUCCCCCUAGAAUCAAACUGCUCUUUAGACUCCAGAGUUCGAAAACAGAUUAGGGAUAUGGCGCAACAGGAUUUAGGAGGAAAACAGGAACAAGCACCUGUGCUCCAGUAUCAUUUCCUCUUCAACUGCAUGACUGUUUUGUGAACUUGACAGGUAAAAAGCUGUUAACUUCCCUUCUAGGGAGGUUAGUGAAAUUCUAGACUGUAUUUGUGGUGGUUUCACUUGCACCUGUUCUUAGUUAGGCAUCUUGGGAUAAUAGGACCUGCCUCCUCCUUUAAAAUUGCUUCCCAUUUCUUUAUUAAGUUGUUAAAAUGUGCCCCGGGAUAAAGCCAGCUUAUGCUAGGUGACAUUAGCUCAGUGGAAGACAAAAUAGGGAAAAGAAUUGUAUUACCAAGCUUUUAUCAUCUUGCUAACACUGUUGUAUGAGGAAGAGAUAAUAAAAACAUCAAUGCCUUAUUAACUUCACAUACUCUUAACUAUUAACGUGAUAUGAGUUUCUCCUCUAUUGUACAUCCCAUUGUGAAAUUCUCUCAAUGCCUCUAUGUAUCAAACACAAAAUAGCAUUUUAAAAAUACUUGUGGUCAUGAGUUUACAGUGCUGAAGAUGUUCUUUAUAUAUCCUAUUGAAGAAAAAAUGUUUGUUGUAUCUUAUCAACAUUCUGAAAGUCUUAUCAUCUAAAUGUAUAAAAUUAGUAAGUUGCUAUUGAAUUCCUUGGUCUGCACCAGAGCAUUUAUAGAUGCUUUUAAUUUUCAUUAUAAUGUCUAGGUACUGUCCUGCAUAUUUCCUCUCCCAAAGGUGAAGCAAUACAGUAAUUUUCACUUCAAGGUACUCACUUAAAUGCCUGCUAUAACAGCUGCUUCCUGAAAAAUAUUAAAUUACAAUUUUAUAAACUUUGUAAGAGAAGAUGUUGUUCCAUUUUGUGAAACACAGAUACCCAUACUUAGGACAUGUAAGCUCUUUAUACCAGCUUGAGUAUUAUAAUGCUGUUCCUAAGGGUCAAAAGCCCUUUUGGUUUAGAGCUUAUAACCCUGCAGUGAGUAUUCACUUAGUAAAGGCCAAACUAGAGAAAUAGGGGCCAAACCUCCUUAAUUUCAAUCCCUUUGACCCCACUCUACCCCUACCCACCCAAGGACAGUUUAGCAAUUUAAACGGACUCUCUGCCUAGACCUGUAAUUGGCCCUGUAUCCUUUCUUAACAUGAAAGAGUAGGAGGGAGAAACAAGUCUUUGAAUAAUGUUGCAGUGAAGCUUCUUGGAGGAAGGAUAGAAUAAAUAUAUUGGACCGAACUGUUUGUAUGUGCCCUUUACUUACAGAAGAGCUGGCUUUAUAUCUUGCUCUAGAGCAUUUCCUGAGAAAACUGGAAGUAAAUCCAAAGACAUUUUUCUGUUCGUACAUCCUACAAAAUUUAGCCAUUACUGAUCUGAACAAUCUCUUUCAGGAUUAUUGUUCAGGAACUCUCAUUCAUGGUCUUACAGAACACAAUUUAAGUAGCUGUUUUUCUUCUACUCAAGGUUCGUCGGAGCCAACAAGAGGCCAACAAAAUGCCUAAGUACAUAUAGGCCUUGCAUCACAUUUAUUCAUUUAUAUUCCACUAAAGAAAGGUGUCAACUUCAAAUACAGCACACAUUCGAAAUUUUUUGAUAUACUGACAAACUGUAGAAAGACAGCAUACAAUUGGCAUUGUUGGUUGACAAGGUUUGCAAACCCUGGAUAAAGCUAGUCAUGGUUAGUAUCGCUGCUGAUGUAAUACUGCAUCAUAGUUAUUACUAAGAAAGAGUGGGAGGAAUUCAUGUGAGUGAGAGAGAAAGGAGAGAACGCACAAGCACCUCCUUAUGGUUACUAGCAUUAAGUUUAUACCUGGUCUUUAUAUACAUUUAUAACCAAUGAAUUGUAGAAGCAUUGGAAUUCACAAAACCAGACAUUGUUAAUAGACAUUUUAAGGGUUGUUUUUGCUAGUAUACCCAAGUCAAUAAAAAACAUACACCCAAAUAUGCAAAAGAUGCUCACAGUUUCAUUUUUGUUGUUUG